UUCAAGAUGGAAGCACCUGAUCAAUAGACUAUUCCUGGUAGAUUGCAAGACGGAAAUUUUACAAUGUUACCUCAAAUUAGUGCCGCUAAAGUCGUGUGCAUUUGUACGUUAGUGUUAACAUGUUUUGCUGGGAAAAGUGCAUCGGAAGAAUUGCAUUAUGAAGAGUCGACAAAGAAACCGUGCCCAUAUUUCUAUGAAAAGAGGUUUGCAGCCCCAUCCCCAGGUCUCAUCAACUGUUCCUGGUACUCAAACCAGGCUUGCUGCAAGCGCACUGAGGUGACGUCCGUGUUCUCCAGCAUGUACCCCCUCCAUCAAGCCACCAAGAUCUGCCGCUACCAGAUGAACUAUCUUAUGUGCUACUUCUGUAGCCCAGACCAGUACCUCUUCUACAGGGACAAGCUGAUGGUGUGUUCUGAGUACUGUGACUCGCUGUAUGAAGACUGCAAGACAGCCUCCUUUGAAGGAGACACUGUCGGCUACAAGUACCAGAAUGGGACAGCUUUCUGUGAGGCUCAGAACUUCCAAGUUGUCGAGGGCACCAACUGUUUCGAGUAUGACCCCACUGUGUUUGACAUCGCGACGAGGACGUCCCACAGCUUUGUCACAGUCUCCCUCAUCUUCAUCGUUCACUUCCUCUUCCACAGUUUCAGGAGACUGAUAUGAAGUGUGUAAGAGUAUAAUAUAAACAAUAAACUCUUCAGAGAAACACUGUUGCAAGCAAUAGAACAAACAAAACGGUUGUAUCAGACCAGCCCCAGUUGUGUUCGUUUAUGCAGAGGUCAUGUUUGUGAGUGAGUAUGGUUUUACAUCGCUUUUAGCAAUAUUCCAGCAAUAUCACGGCAGGGGACACCAGAAAUGGGCUUCACACAUUGUACCCUUGUACAGGAAUCGAACCCGGGUCUUCAGCAUGACAAGUGAACGCAUUAACCGCUAGGCUACCCCACAACCCAUAUUUCUGUGUGUCGGUUCCAUGAAAGAAUAUCUUUAAUACUAAGAUGAUCUCAUUGACAAAUAUUUGGCUGAUUGAUAAAAUGUACUUAUGGAAACUUAUAUGAAUAGAAGUGUAGGUGUAUCAUCAUUAUUAUUACUAUGAUUUUGUGUUCCAGAAUAGUAUUGGUCUU